AGCGUUUCCCGAGAACGGGCAGCACGCGGCGGUCAACGAUGCCCGGCGCGCCAGUGACGGCCGCCGGGGAAGCUGCGGGGCGAGACAACUUGAGGUUUGAUGUCAUGCACUAGCCAGGUGAAGAUUUGUGAGCCUGGAGGACAAGGGAUCAUUCUCCCCAUCUUCGGUGAGGCUGAACAGGAAUGGCGAAAGGGACUUCGAGCCGUUCUCUACUUGCUCGGACUGAUGUGGCUUUUCCUGGCAGUAGCUGCGGUCUCUGAUAUUUUCAUGGGUGCCAUUGAAGAGAUCACCUCCAAAAAGAAACGGGUCUUAGGCCCAAAUGGCAAGCACGUCACGAUCAAGGUCUGGAACGACACGGUGGCCAAUCUCACCCUGAUGGCUCUGGGCUCCAGUGCUCCUGAAAUCCUGUUGAGUGUCAUUGAGCUCUUUGGCAAUAGCUUCUACAGCGGAGAUUUAGGUCCUUCCACCAUUGUAGGCAGUGCAGCCUUCAACUUGUUUUGUAUUUCCGCAGUCUGUGUCAGUGCCAUCAAGGAUAAAGAGGUGAGAUACAUCAAGGACAUGAAUGUUUAUAUCGUGACCGCUCUGAUCUCAUUGUUUGCAUAUCUCUGGCUCUACCUGGUGGUCUCUGUCAUUUCAGAGGAUAUCGUGGACAUCUACGAAGGUAUCCUGACCUUCUUCUUUUUCCCCAUGCUCGUGGGCUUGGCCUUUGCAGCUGAUAAAGGCUACUUGAAGUUCAUCAAAGAGCGGGAUAUCAACCAGCAUGCUGUCAAGGCCAAACUGGCGUUGACGGAUGAAGAUCUGGCACGCUUUGGUAAGGAGCACGGUGCGCAGCUCACGGAUGAGGAGCUCUGCAAAUAUUUGGCCACCGAUGAUCAACGACUCUCCAAGGCAGCGUAUCGGAAGAAGGCGGUGCAACAGCUGAUGCACGGAAAACCUGAGGCCAAGUCCAAAGCGAGGAAUCAGAACUUUUCAGCCGUGGUGCCUGUGGAUGAUCCCCCUCCACCAGACACUGGUCCUCCUCCUCCUCCUAUGCCACAAUCCUUGGUUCUCUUCGGCGCGCGGAACUUCGCAGUGCUCGAAACAGUGGGAAUCAUUCGCCUCCCUGUCUGUCGCACGGGCAACUUGUCCCUGACUGCCAUGGUGGACUAUCAUUGCUACGAUGGCCUCGCCAAGAACGUGGAAGACUACGAGGCGAUCGAAGGCACGUUGACCUUCCUCCCUGAUGAGGUCGAGAAAAUCCUCGAAAUCAUCAUCGUGAAGGACAACAUCCCUGAGGACAACGAGGACUUUUAUGUCGAACUCACCAAUGCCAGGAGUGCUUCAAAGGAUGGCUUUGCGGCGCUGGGACCCAUCGCCACAGCAAGGGUCAUGAUCGUUGACACGGAUGUGCCCUCUGUGAUUUACACAGAUGAGGAUUGCAUCCCGGUCCAUGAGGCAAAGUCGGAAGAAGGUAACAAAGAAGAGCAAGUGCUGCACAUCACAGUGAGGCGGAAAGAUGGCAUCGGACCUGUCUACUGCAAGUACGUCACGGAGGAUGGAAGCGCAGUGGAAGGCCGCGACUAUGAACGGGCCGAAGGGGAGCUGACUUUUGCACAGGACGAGAUGACGGCAGAGGUGGCCGUGACGAUCCUGGAGUCUUGCUGUUAUGAUCACAAGGAGGAUUUUCGACUCAUCCUCUAUGAUGCCACGGGUGGUGCCAAGUUUGAUCCAGACACCGAUGGUGGGGAGGACAGUUGCGUUAUCACCAUCGUGAUCACACCACGUAUUGCGACCAGAGACAUCCGCUCGCGCACCAUGCGCGCACUGGGUGUCAACUGGCAAAAAACACAGAAAGGACAUGAAAACUGGAAGGACCAGUUUGCCAAUGCCCUAACGGUCAAUGGUGGAGAUGAGGAGGCUGGCCCUGCCAGUGGCUUUCAGUGGGCCUUGCAUCUCUUGACCCUUCCCUGGAAGCUGAUCUUCGCGAUGAUUCCGCCAGUAGAAUAUUGCGGCGGUUGGCCCUGCUUCUACAUCUCCCUCGCCUUUAUUGGCGUGGUGACCGCCUUCAUCAGCGAUCUCGCGGGCCUGGUGGGCUGCGUCCUGGACAUGCCGGACUUUGUGACAGCCAUCACUCUCGUUGCCUUAGGCACAUCUUUGCCUGAUACCUUCGCCUCGAAAGCUGCGGCUGAACAGGAUCCUUAUGCAGAUGCUUCCAUCGGCAACGUCACGGGGAGCAACUCAGUCAACGUGUUUUUGGGCCUCGGUUUGCCGUGGACCAUCGGUUCCAUCUAUUGGGCCGCCCAGGGACGCACCAGCGCGUGGCAGGAGAAGUACGCCGGCAAGGCGAGAUUUGAGGAAUGGAACACCGGAGGUGGCAAAUUCAUCGUUAUAGGUGGCGACUUGGGCUACAGCGUUGUGAUUUUUAGCGCAGGCGCCCUCGUAUGCAUGUCCAUCCUUUUCUUACGACGCAAGGUCCUUGGGGGUGAACUCGGAGGCCCGAAAGUUUGUAAGCACAUCACCGCGGUGAUCUUGGUCUUGAUUUGGGUAACGUAUGUCAUCUUGUCCUCCAUCAGAUCUUUGCAAUCAGCAGCCGAGUCUGGCUGCUGAUGGCCCGUGAGAAAAGUGACACGCAACGUUUUUCGGUGUUGGAGCGGAGGGCACAGAUCUCGAACUGUGGCGAACUGUGG